CCCAUGCCCGGCGCAGGGCAGCGCCAUCACUGCCCGCCCUCACCGCGGCGCAGCGCGCAGGCGCGGCUCCGGCCCUGCCCGCCAAUCGGCGGCGCCGGGGCCUUCCUCGGGCCGGGCCGUGCCGAGCCGGGAGCCGCGGUGAUGGCGGCGGCCAUUAGGCGCCUGCUGCGGGCGGGCGGCCGGUGGGGCGCCGCGCUGGUGGCGGCGGCGGGCGGGACGCGCUCGCAGACAUUGAGGCUAAUCUAUACCACUACAGCAGCGUGGAAGAAAAAUGUAGCAGCCUCAGGACCUGAAAAGUACACGGAGGCAUUUAUUAAAAAGCAGAUUGAAGAGUUCAACCUAGGAAAGAGACAUUUAGCCAACAUGAUGGGAGAAGAUCCCGAAACUUUUACCCAAGAGGAUAUUGAUAGAGCUAUUGCCUAUCUCUUUCCUUCGGGCUUAUUCGACAAACGAGCCAGGCCCAUGAUGAAGCAUCCCACAGAAAUUUUUCCAGAACAGAGGAAAAUCCAAUGGGGAGAAGAUGGCCGACCAUUUCACUUCCUCUUUUAUACUGGCAAGCAGUCAUAUUAUUCAUUAAUGCAUGAAACAUAUGAAAAACUGCUAAAUGUUCAGAAACAUCAAGACCAACUGGCAGCUCAAGACUUGCCACCUCAGAAGGGAAAAAAGAACCUGGUUGGCAGCAGAUGGCUGACUAAGACGGAAUUGGAAGAAAUGUUGUUAGAAAAACUGUCAGAUGAUGAUUAUUCAAGAUUUAUUCAGCUCUUACAAAAAUUGGUGACGUUGCCAUGUGGUAACAUCGAGGAGAAUUAUAUAAAAAAGUUUUCCAGAGAAGUCUCUGCGCAAUUGCAAAAAGUUGUUAUUGAGCCCUUGAAGCAUGAUGAGAGAGGAGUGGCCUUCAGCACUGGUGAAGGUGAAAGAAAAACUUCAAGAGCUACUGUAAUAGUUUAUGACAACGGGACUGGAAAAAUUACAGUGAAUGGAAUAGAUAUUUUACAUUACUUCCCAGUGCUGCAGGACAGAGAACAGUUGUUGUUCCCUUUCCAGUUUCUUGACAGAGUUGGAAAACAUGACAUGGUUUGCACUGUCUCUGGUGGAGGAAGGUCCUCGCAGGCUGGCGCAAUACGUUUAGCCUCUGCAAAAGCCUUGAGGAGUUUUGUGACAGAAAAGGAGGUGGAAUUUAUGAGGCAAGCUGGGCUGCUAACAGUUGACCCACGUGUGAAGGAACGAAAAAAGCCUGGUCAAGAGGGAGCACGACGGAAGUUCACCUGGAAAAAGCGAUAAAUCUGAGUAUUUAAAGAAAGGCAGAAUGCUGCAAGAACUUGAAAGGAUACACAAUUAUGUUUCAGAACAGUUGUAUAAAUAUAUUUAGUAAUAAAGACUUCUUUCCAUUAUAA